GUAUAAGACCAUUUCUACGGGGGCAGGGCGAUAUCCAUUGCAAGGCAUUGCGCACUUUCGCCGUUGUAUCCGUUCUACUGUCGUUGGCGACUUUAUGCGUGUUUCAGAGCCUCCAAAUGACUUCCAAGGGCAACCCCGAGCAACGAGAAUCAGUGCAGCGGGAGAAGAGCCAGCCGACGUUGGCGGAUAAUCCCUACAAUCCCAAUUCAGCCGCAUAUCUGGCCUACCCAGUCAAACAUGUCGUAUCAAGCCUGUAUCGACGUAUGACUGAACCCCCCGAACACCCUGUCAACAAGUUGCUGGACGCCCCUGCUGCUGCUUCAUCUUCAGGUGUUUACACCCCUCCCAAAAGAAGCCAAUCACCGUUUCAACCUCCUCCUCUCACGCCUCUCGAACUAAAACACACUUUAUCGCCACAGGCUGCAGAGUCAUUGUUAUUGUCCAGGCCAUUGGCAGAAGAAAUACGGCUAUUAAUACCCCCGAGACUUCAACUCAUCGCCCAAUGGCGACUGGCGUAUUCUUUGGAGGUUCAUGGAUCUUCGUUGGCGACAUUGUAUGAGCACUGUGCCAAUGUCUCGACUUAUACGCAACGUUCGGGCUAUGUGCUCGUAGUAAGAGAUGGCUCUACGGCGGCUUCGAACGGGUCCAUCUUUGGCGCGUACCUUUCCGACUCGCCCAAGCCAGGCUUGCAUUACUUUGGCACGGGAGAAUGCUUCCUUUGGCGAGCGAGUAUACUCCCUGCGCUGAGAGAUCUGUCUGAGAGCUUAGAGGGCGAUGCACAAUCGCCAUCGCAUGAUCUACUGGAGAUGGCAGGUCUUCCACCCCCACCAAGUGCAGACACUACAAAUUUGCAGAGGGCGACUACGGUUCGUGGUGAGCGGAAGUCGUCAUCAGUAUCGGCGUCGACAACAUCUUUGCCUCUACCUAUGAAUAAGGAUGCUCUCGCACCGCCGCAGCUCCCUCGGUCUGGCACAUCGACGCCAGAUCGUAUCCGGUUUAAGGCGUUUCCUUACAGCGGAGUUAAUGAUUUUCUGCUAUACUGUCAGGCUGGCUAUCUCUCAAUUGGAGGCGGUGACGGCCAUUAUGGACUGUGGUUAGACGAUGAGCUCAACACCGGUAUCAGCGAGACAUGUCCGACGUUUGGCAAUGAGCCCCUGAGCGAUGAAGGCCGUAAGUUUGACGUCUUGGGUGUAGAGGUAUGGUAUGUGGGCGCGUAACAUCAUCAAGCUCUUCUGCCCGAGAGAAUCGUGGCCAGCCAAAUCAAUGUCACGCGACGGCGAUGACAAGUAAUCCUCCAGACGAACGACCACCGUGCCGUGAUAACGCCGCCAAUGUCGAAAAGAUGGUUGAGGCGAUAGCGAUGGGGACCCAGACACGUGCCGAGAGAGGUUCUGCUAGGCUGAAGAUCUGAGGUAAUUUGCUCCUAUCUCCACAAGGACAUUCUCCUUAGCGAGCAUACCCACUCAUGUUGUACAAUAUGCACCUGAGGUCACUCGCAUCAAAUCUGCUGCCUUUGCAGAAUCAGUAUUGCUUGAACUGGAGGAUCCCGAGCGCUACGACAUUUUCAGCAAAAGGCUUGUUGCAGAAAGUCACUCAGCUAACCCCACAUGGUUUGAAAGGAGGAGUUUCAAGUCUUCAUGACUUGACUUCUAUCGAUGUCAUCAGUCAGGACGUGUAGCUUGAACAAGAGUGUGCCCGCUCUAGGCGAGCCCUAACGUUGGCUCCCUGGAGAGUGAGGAGUCCCGGACUUCCCAAGCGGACGGUAUAUCUAUAUGGUGGUAGUAUACGCUACAGUAAUCAAGGCCCCAUGGUCGAGGAUGAACUUGUACCGAUGUUGCAAGAUACUGGUGAUUGAUUGCAACGCAUACAGUAUGGAAAUGGCAAACAAAUUUGCUGGUGGAGAAUCCGCUCCUUGUGUAAUUGUAGGAUCUGGCGUCAUGGGCGGAAGAGCAUAUCCGAGCGGAAUUUUUAUCGCGCGGAAUGUUGGAUACUCCUCCACAAGGCCUUUUUUCGGCGCUUCAACAUAUGGUUCCUGAAGACAGAUUUGCGCCGUGGAGAAGUCCUUUUCUGUACUGUAUGAUCAAUGAUUCCAGGGAUGCAUUGCGGGUUUUCUGCGUCAAAAAAAAGGUGCACGAGCCAAUCAAGAAAUUCACCACCAAUUCUACAUCGAUGAGCACUCGCUGGGGCAAUGAACAACAGACACGACGGUAGGUGAAUGUCAUGCUAUUACAGAAGCACAUACUCCAUACGAUGAUGUUGUCACUCGCUGGGCC